AAAUCCUAUGAACAAUGUUUGGUAAAUGUUUAAGGUUUGCUUUUUUCAGCAGGAUGGUGACAGAUGGCUUACUGUUGUGUUCUGUUGUUGCUGCUGUUUUUAACUGGAAACCAGCAAGGUUAAAGCUGCAUGCGAAGAACUGGUGCACAGCAAACACCAUACAGUGCAGUCACUGUGUGUGUGUGUGUGUGUGUGUGUGUGUGGUGGCACCUCAGGCAUUUAGUAUGGUGGUAAUUACAAAACAGAAGUGUAAUGAGCCCUGGUUUGCCCACUCAAGACAAUAUCACGUAGGAAAAAAAAACUGUAUUGUGUAAUGUGAUUUUGAUAUCAGGCGCUCCUAACAAUACAACAGAAACAACAUUUGCAGUAGAGACGGUCAUACACGCUGGUGACGGCAGAUCCUGGAUUGUGCACUGACAGACGGAUGGUGCACUGAUAGUUUGGGUGAUUUCAGAGGCUGAUUUGUGUGAAUUGUCCCUUUAAAUUUGCGACCAGCACUCGGAAAAGUACAGGGGGGACAAUUGGGUUUCACCCCAGGGUCGAAAAUGUACGACCACCCACCUUCUAUAGAAAUAAGGUGGGCGGGGGGAAACAGCUCGUGGUCCACAUCUGUCACGUCUGUACACUGUCCUCUGUGCGCCUGUAGUGUCGGUGUGCUGACGGCUCGUAUAGGGGGGUCCGUGACACGGCAACCAAACUGUGGGAACCCCCUAAAGCCUCUGCACAAAAGACCAAUCUUGAAGACGCAGAGGGUUAAUUUCAAGCCCCCACCACCACCACCCACAUCUCCAAUUUGAAAGCCGCCUCUCUACCGGGAGAGGAAGGCUCUUUUUCGGUCAGAUGGCGUGCUGCAGUCCGCCCCCGUCAUUCUCCAGCCCACACAGACAGGGCAGCCAGCAACCAAUACGGUGCGCCGGAGGAGGAUUUCUGCCAGUGAUUUCAGACGAGGUACGAUACGCAAAGGGGAUUUACUACGCCAAUCUGAGCCGGGGAAGCUUUUUCAGCAGUAAGGCGACAGGGUAAGAAAAAACGAACAGGAGAGCAACUGCGCUGUGUGUCUGAGCGGGGUGUCUUCUGCUCAACAUCUGGCUCCGGAGCGCUCGGUUUUUUUUUUCCCUGUGUGAACUGUAGAGAAUAAUCCAAAGCGGGCUCCACUUGUCUGAACGGAACGUGCUGUUGUCUGGCAGACGAGCCGAGAUUAGUUGUUAUGUCUUUGUCAGUUUCAGUCCGGGAGUAACGACCUGUGACACCGGGUGGCUGGAGAGACAAUUUUCUUUUUUUUUUCUUUGUUUUGUUUUUUUGUUUCUUUGCGUAAAUACGCCAGUUCCCUCAGUGCACAUCCGCCUGCCUGACCUGAAGAAGGUUCAUGUCUUUCCUUUCUCCUGCCUAAACUUUCCAGUGCAGUGUGCCAUGUCUCUGCCACGCACACUUGGGGAGCUGCAGCUCUAUCGGGUUCUGCAGAGGGCCAACCUGCUGGCCUAUUAUGAAACCUUCAUCCAGCAGGGUGGUGACGACGUUCAGCAGCUCUGCGAGGCAGCAGAGGAGGAGUUUCUGGAGAUCAUGGCACUAGUUGGCAUGGCCACCAAGCCACUGCACGUGCGUAGGCUGCAGAAGGCCCUCCGAGACUGGGCGGCGAACCCUGCCCUCUUCAACCAGCCCGUCUCCAGCGUGCCUCUCGGGGGCAUCCCUCUGUUCAAGGUGGACGGGACGGGUGCAAGUGGACCAGCAGGUGGGCCCAGGAAGUCUGUGAGCAACGGGCAGCCGGGGUCUCCUUGUGAGAGGGAGGAUCGGUCGUGUCUUACUCCGAUGCACAGUGGGAGUCCCAGAAGCCCUUGCUCCCAGGCCUCCCCGCAGCCUCCGGACACACACUACAGGGAAAAACUGUCACCCAUGGACCCGCACUGGCUCAGCCCGGAGCCCGAUGGGAACUGCACCCUGGCCUCUGCAUCUGGAAUAGAAGAGGAGCCGCCCAGCCCUCCUCUGCUGUCCACAUGUCCCCCAGGACCCUCCACAUCUCCGAGCCCCUCGGCCUCUUUCGCUCCCGCAGCCCUGUCGGCCUGGCCCGGAGGACAGCUGGAUGGGGAGACGGCGAGGGCAGUGGUGGAGAGCGUGGAGAGGCUCCUCAGGACCCUGCCCAGGUCCGAUCCUGCAGAGGUGAAGACUCUGCUGAGGAUGAACAAGAAGAUGGCAAAGACUGUGGGACACAUAUUCAAAAUGGGGUCCCAGGACAUGAACAAAGAGGAAGAGAUCCGGAAGUAUAGUCUGAUCUACGGACGCUUCGACUCCAAGAGGAGAGAAGGGAAGCAGCUCACGCAUCAUGAGUUGAUCAUCAACGAAGCCGCAGCCCAGUUCUGCAUGCGCGACAAUGCCCUGUUGCUGAGACGGGUGGAACUCUUUUCUUUGGCUCGGCAGGUGGCGAGAAAAUGUGCCUACACCUCCACACUCAAGCAUGCAAGAACAAAUGCAGAUGAGAACAGCCUGCUGCCCCACAAGAGAGCGAGACACGAGGUGAUUGUGCCCGAGAGUGUGUCAUCUUUCCUCGGAGUGGAAGGCCCAGAGGGUUUGAAUCAGAGAGCAGAUGAUGACAGCCUAUCUGCAGAAAGCCUCGACAGUGUAUCACACGACAUCGGCUCACAGUGCAACCAGUCUCCGUCGCCCCGACCCCACACUGACACCUCCAACCCUGCCAGCUGGAGUCGCCAUCUCAUACAGCAAACGCUAAUGGACGAAGGGCUGCGAUUGGCUCGGAUGGUGUCACAUGAUCGGGCUGGCAAGAUCAGCCUGGGGUCAGAAGGGACUCACUCUACAGACAUUGACAUUAAAGUAGAGAGGCGGAGUUCGAUAACAGCGUGCAGGAGCAGUAGCCCCUGCAUCACCAAAGAUGACUCUAACCACCGCGGGAAAUGAGGAGGCCCCGACGUUCAUCAGGGAACUUGCUCUUAGGCCUGCCACUGAACUCAGCCACACAGGCUGUUGCUGAGCAGGUUUUGUUUUGUUUUGUUUUUUUUCAUCACUGACGUCUGACGAGGAGAAGACUCAUACCUGCUUCAAAUUCAAUUCAGUAAAUGUCAGAAUUUACCAGCGACUGAGAUCAUAAACCUGCAGUGACUUCUAAAUACCGAAGUUGAAAAUGUUUUGACUUUAUAUUCAGUAAAUAUGUAGAGGAGACACUUUUUUUGUUUUAUUUUUUAAAUACAUGGACCACAUGUACUGAUGAUGGGAAAAGAGUGUCUGAUUUUAUCAAGAAAAACCUGAUAAUUUGUCAGUCAAUUUGUUGUGAGGAGGGUGUUUAAAGUGUUUCAGAUGAAUUGGGCUCAACACAGCAGGGGGCACUGCAACUUUGGAAAUGGACUCUGAACUCGCGCUGUGACAUGCUGUAGUAGUGCAAAGGAAAUGUGGUUUCACAGGGAGACUUUUAUCUACAUUUACAGAAAGUUACAGUAUGAGAACAGUCUGUUAACGUUCUAAGCAGCUCCUCACCCCUCAGGAAACAAAUGGAUGUUCUCGGUUCUGAAGUCAGUGUGUUAGAUAUUGUUUAAGACUCAACAGAUGAGGAUAAAUUAGCGUUUGUGACAUAUGUUGAUCUUGAUCACACUCAGACACCGCCGUCAGGUUCAGAGGCCUUUUAUCCUUUGCUGCACCAUGAGAUCAGGCAUGCUGAGGUUCAAGAGGUAUAACGACCUGGUUCUUCAUCGUCCACUCCCUCACAUCUUUCUGUAAUGAUGUUUUUUUGCACAAGCGGCUGAUUUGGUGUUUGCAAGAGAUAAUAGUUCAGGCUUUUCAUUAUCUUUUACUCUGUGGAAAUGUGCUUACAACACCUUUUCUUAAGUCAGCAGCAUGAAAAGAGAACGCAGAUGAUGGCUUAAUCGAUCUCUGGCCGAUUUUCCAGCUGGCUCUCUUGACACUGACGCCAGGUUUCAGGGUCUUGCUCGAGGGCCCUGUCCUACAGCAGCGAUUGUACAGAUUUUGAGGAUUCUCCAUUAAAAACUACACAGAGAGAUUUUGAGAAUUAAAAAAAAAAGACAUUUACCACAGGAAAUGUGGUGAUUAGUGUAGUUUUUUGUGGGUAACUUACAAUAUGGAAGUGUGUUUUUAGGAUGAUUUCUGUAGUGUUAGAUAUUAACUAGGUGAACCUUAUGUGAGUUUCCCUUUUUUUUAUAACUUAUGUCAUUUGAGACUCAUAGUGAAUUAGGAUGACUAAUCUUUAGAAAAAGAAGAAAACUCAUGCAGAGGUUUGCAGAAUGAAAUCUCAUGGUGCUUGACUCUUGAUACAGCAGCUCUUACAAGCUACGUCAGCCUAUUUGUCCCAGUUGAAAUUGUUCAAUGUGUUAAGACUUCAUGUUAUGACGAGGCUCGUGAUAAUGAUUUUUGUAAUCACAGAGUAUGUCAGUGAGGUAGCUUGCUGUGCAUCAGUUACACCUGCCUGUCUCUUGAGCAUUAGUAACUUCCUCAGUUUAUUAUGUUGCAGAACAGAUUAUUUAUUUUGUUACAUCUCAAUAAAUGUUAUUUUAUUGCUUAAAGCCA